AUGAGUUAGUCGAGUAUUGGAGUAAAUCAAAAUAAAAAUAGUGAUAAUGCUUAGCAGAUCACUAAAAAGGAGAAAAAAGAAGCAAAAGAAAAGAGCAGUGUGCAAUGCUUGGUUUAAAAAGGUAUGACCAAAAAUAAGAGUACAUUUUUAUAUAAUUAUUAAUCAAAGGUUUAUAAGAGGACUCGUUAACAAUAAAUAGCAUAGAAUAAUUUGAAAAUUAUAAAAAGAUGGUAAAACUAGAACAAAAGAGAGAAUCAGCUAUUGCAAUUUCAAGAAUCCUAUUUAAAGGACCUUUAAGAUAAAGAUUUGAGAGACUUGAAAGUUUUAAAUCCAUAUAAUAAUUGCUGGCCAUUUCCAAAUACUAAUUAUUAUGCGAAAUGUUCCUGAAUUUAAAUAAAAUAUUAAUCAAUUAAACUUUAGCCUUUUAAGAAAUAGUUAUUAAAUUUAAAUAGGAUUAUUAAAUAGAAUUUAGAGUCUAAUUUUUACAGCAACUCUUAACCAUCUGGAAUGAUGCGUUUUCUUUGUGUUGGAAACAUAACAACAAUGAUAAAGUUAGUUUAGAAGUGAGAAUCAAUGAUUAGCAAUUUGAUUAAAUUCAAGACAAGAACAUCAUAUUUCAAAAGAAAUUGCUGAAUUAUAUACAAACAAAAGGAGAGUGUAUAGAUUUAUUUCCUCUGCCAAAUAUGGAAAAUAUCUAUUUAAGUAUUAAGCCCGAAGGAUAAGAAUCACAAAUGACUCACACCACAUUAAGAGAAUAGAAGGAUUACUAAAAAAACAAUAGUUUAAGAUAAAUUGCUAUAUAAUUAUAACAAUAUUUUCAACUUAGAGACGUAUCAAAUAUAUAUUUGAUCAAUGUGGAAAAGUACUUGAUCAAAUAACAAUUUGAUUUGAAUUCCAAUAAAGGAAUAUUGAGUAUCGUAAAUGAAUUAAUGUUCAAGUAUCCUGAGUGGAUAAAUUUAAUUCAAGGAGAAAAAGAGUAAAUUGUUAGAAUCAAUCGAUCUAUUGAUAUUAAAUAGUUAAUGAAGGAAUAGGAGUGCUUAGAUUACAAUUGA